CGGCCCCGCAUUCCCCGACCAUGCCCGUCCAGGGGGCCGUUGCUGCUGCUGCUGCGGAGACGCUCCUUCUUCUUCUCCUUCUUCCAGCCGGGGACACCACCAGGCGCAGCGCAUCUCCCGGGGAAGCGGAGGAAGGAGGAGAAGAAGAGGAAGCGGAGGAGGAAGGGGGACUUGCCGGCCGAAGAGGAGCAGGGAGGCGCCGAGGACUCAGCGGCCACUCUUCCUCGCCUCGUCGGACUUCCCCGGAGACGCGGCCGGAGCAUGAGGGCCGGGCUCGCCCCCGAGGGCCCUCCCCGCCCAGCCUUGCCCUGGCUGCUGCUGGCGUUGCUGGCCCUCCUCACGCCGCGAGUGGACACCUCCUGGUGGUACAUUGGGGCUCUGGGGACAAAGGUGAUCUGUGACAAUAUCCCUGGAUUGGUCAACCAGCAGCGGCAUCUAUGCCAAACAUAUCCCGACAUCAUGCAGUCAGUAGGGGAUGGAGCCAAGGAAUGGAUCCGGGAAUGCCAGCACCAAUUCCGUCACCACCGCUGGAACUGUAGCACUUUGGACAGAGAUCAUACUGUCUUUGGAAGGGUCAUGCUUCGCAGUAGCAGGGAAGCAGCCUUUGUCUAUGCCAUAUCCUCUGCUGGAGUUGUCUAUGCCAUCACCCGAGCCUGCAGCCAAGGCGAGCUCAAAUCCUGCAGCUGUGAUCCCCACAAGCGUGGCCGCUUUAAGGAUGAAAGAGGGGAGUUUGACUGGGGUGGCUGCAGUGACAACAUCAACUAUGGGAUCAAAUUUGCCAAGGACUUUGUGGAUGCCAAAGAGAAAAUGGUGAAAGAUGCCCGUGCCUUGAUGAAUCUUCAUAACAAUCGCUGUGGUAGAAUGGCUGUGAAGCGUUUCAUGAAACUGGAGUGCAAGUGUCACGGUGUCAGUGGCUCCUGCACCUUAAGAACAUGCUGGUUGGCUAUGUCAGACUUCCGCAAAACAGGAGAUUACCUUCGGAAAAAAUACAAUGGUGCCAUCCAAGUAACCAUGAACCAAGAUGGCACUGGAUUUACUGUGGCCAACAAGAACUUCCGAAAACCCACCAAAACAGACCUUGUAUAUUUUGAGAACUCACCCGAUUACUGUGUGAUGGACAAGUCUGCAGGUUCAUUGGGGACAGCUGGACGAGUGUGCAACAAGGUAUCCCGUGGGACUGAUGGCUGUGAGGUUAUGUGCUGUGGUCGAGGUUAUGACACCACUCGAAAAACACGAGUCACAAAAUGCGAGUGUAAAUUCCACUGGUGUUGCGCUGUCCGAUGCAAAGAAUGUGAAGACACAGUGGAUGUUCACACGUGUAAAGCGCCAAAGCGAGCAGAGUGGCUUGACCAAACCUGAGACAAUACUGGACAGAGCCAACGAGGGAAAGUAAAACUGGCACACUGCCACCCUGCCGGCCUGGGCAUUCUGAGAGUUGUAGUUCAACUGCAUGGCUUUUAUUUAUAUUACUUCUGCACAGCACGGAAAAGAAGUCUACCUAUCCCACCUGGGAUAACCAGCUUUUCUGUACAUCCAGCAGAAUUAUUCCCAUCAUUUGCAAAAGAGGAAAUGGCAAAAUGACACUAAACUGCAAAAAUUUUCUACGCUUGGUGAAUACUGUGUGCAAAAGGGGAGGGGGGGAGAACAUAGUUGCACAGAGACUGUGAAUCAGGUUAUGAUUUCGCUGGAGAAUUCUGCUUCUACCUAAAUAAUAUGUUUGGACAGUAAAUUAUAAAAUGCAUCCAAAGGUAGGAGAGGGGCAGACCACUUUAUACCCACCCUGGAAAAAGAAAUUUCCAAAGGAAUGUCUACAAUCCUAAGAAAGAUACAUUGUCUGUGAAGAUCUUCUCUGAUGCAAAGGUCAUCAUUCCAGCAUGAUAGAGAUUGGUUGAACAUGGGUAAACGAACCUUUAUUAUCCUUCCUCUCCAUCUGAAAAUGAACUUGGGAGUUACAAAUUCAGUAGCCUGCCAAAACUGUUCAGUCUGUUUGCAGAGAGGAAGGAGAGCAGAAAGGCUGAGUGAUAUUUGUAUGUGUCUGUGUGUCUCUGCCGGUGUCCGUGGGCAUGCUGGUAGGUUCUAAAGGAAAGUAAUAUAACAGUGACCUUUUUGUACAAACUCACUUGUACAAUGUAUACACUGCUUCACAUAUUUUAAACCCAAACACUCCCAUAUAAAUCUAUAUCAGAUAGUGGUGUUCCUUGCUUUGUGACUUUUGACAUUCACAACUAUAAUUAGAUGAACAUUCAGACAUAUGUAACCAGUUCAAGUACAUAAUAAUGUCUGUGCUUCGAGCCUGUACAGGUAAAACUAAAUUUCUGGAAACCAAAGGCAGAUUCUCAACAUAUCGAUAUUAUCCAGAUAAUGGUUACUGUUGUUCUCUGCACUUUUGCAACUGUUUCUUUCUUCUCCUCUCACAAUCCUUGCGUCCUCUUUUCUGUGAUGUCUCCUUCUGUGGUCAUGCUUUUAAUCUUUUGACUUUUUUCAACAGCCUGAAAUGCAGUUCCCAGUGAUGGCCUCCAGACAGAUUAUACUGUUUGCAUCCAUUGCCACCUUCCUAACUGCCUUUUCUUUCCAAAUUCCAUUCGGAACAAGCAAAAGAAAACCUUUAAUGCACUACCCAAAGCAUGCAUAAAUACUAGGCCAUCUUCUCCUGUAAUCACGUACAGCUCCUGAACCUUGGGGUGAUUACUUCUUUAGUCUAAAAUGUUCUGCUUCUCCCAGCCAACAUUUGGAAUUCUAGAAAUUGUAAUAAAAGAAAAACAACACCUUUUCUAAGCUCUACAUUUAACACAGUAUUAGACAGAGAAAGCCAGAAGCAACUUGCAGUUUCUCAAGUUGCUCCUGACACACACAAAAAAGAGAAAGCCAACUGUUUAGCCAAGUACAAAGUGAUCCUCUAGAACAGUGGUUCUCAACCUGUGGGUCCCCAGGUGUUUUGGCCUACAACUCCCAGAAAUCCCAGCCAGUUCAUCAGCUGUUAGGAUUUCUGGGAGUUGAAGGCUAAAACAUCUGGGGACCCACAGGCUGAGAACCACUGCUCUAGAAUGCAUAGCCCCUUCUGUUCAUCCAGUAUUUGUGUUAUCACACAAAUGAACAUUUGGGUCUGGGAAAAUGGGUGUGUAAAGGGGUCCAAAUGCUGUUGUAAUUGUCACAUGUCCAGUACAAUGCAAUGAAUCAGAUAGUAUGUAGCUUAACAUGGUGAUGAUAUUGGUAUUGUAGUUUGGUGAGGAAUUUAGUAAUCCAUUCUAGAAAGCUCUAGAUCCUUACCUGUAAACUUCAGCACUCCCUUCUUAGAGAUUUCUCACUGAACUAGGAGCAACAGUUGAGGGUUGUGGGGCUCAAUCCUCCCAUUUUUUCUAACAUUCCUCCCCCCCCCCCACCCCCAGCUCACUGGAGGAUAUGCAGGCAAUUUCACAAAGAUUUAGUCAAUGUCUCAGAUGCUUCCUGUUGGAAAAGCAGCUUCUCCUUGACCUGAAAUGGGACCAAGAGCAGAAAUAUGUCAAAAUUGCUUCCCACACCCAUCAGUUAUGGAGGUCACAAAACAGCCCUAGGGCUACAUGUAACCCCUGAACCAUGCUAUUCCUGUUCUAUGGCCUGUCUGUAUGCUAUCUUCAAAUUCAACAAUAUUUCAAAAUUCUGCAACAAAUGUUUGCCUAGACAAGGUCCAACAGUACACAUAAACCCAGAAGUAGGUUCUAAUGAAUUUGAAGGGCCUAGCAUUGCAGUACGGAUUAAAUGACACUUUUCAUUCAUAACUCCUGGGGAACAUCUGAAAGGUACGAGGCAAUCUUUCUAGCAUAUUCUUUUAACACUGUGUGCCAGGUUAUGCCAUGGGUUUGAAAGAUGUUUGAACCCACAAAGUUCAAAUCUAAGCCCAAUACCUUCUUCAUUAUUCUAGGGGGCUGGACUGUGUCUUACCUGCAGACCGCACAUUUUGUAUUCAGAUGGUCCCAGGUCCAGUCCUCAACAUGUCAAAAUAAGACUGGGGAAAGAUCCCAUCUGAACCCCAGUGAUGGUAUAUAAUACAGAGCUAAGUAUAGCAAUGCUCUUGAUCCAACCAGCAGCAGCUUUCUAUGUUCUGUUCUUGGACUUCCAAAAUGUUAUUUGCUCUAUAGUGUAGGAUCAGGGCUGGAAUCAUUGCUCUACUUAAAUAUACAGAAUUCACACAACACAAUGGACCAUUGCUAUCAUGGGACAACUACAGAGAUCAACAAUGUAUUGGUUUUUAGCUAUAACUAUUAACUAAGCAGUGCAUCAGCACAAAUCCAAAAUGUGCUUUCUUAAAUUCUAGAAGAGAAAGAGUGUGUGUGUGUGUGUGUGUGUGUGUGUGUGUGUGCAGGAGGCAAAAAAAAGCAUUCAAUAAAAUGGCGAGUCAAUAGCAGUGCACUUUUUAGGGUGCUGAUCAUAGCAGUCCAAGUUCUCAUUGCUUAAAUACAGGGAAACCCGGAAUUAUAUGAUAAGCUCUUGCCAGCUGAUAGUGAUUAAAUUGCAAGGCUACAUAAAACAGACUCCCCAAAAUUGCACUCACACCUUGAAAAUACCCUUUUAAUGAUGAAAUAAAACUGGAUCAUCAUUAGAUCACCACUUUAUCAAAUGUUUUGCUGAAAGGCUGCCAAGGUUUAUUGUGUUUCUGAAUAGAUACAUUCACAAGAAUGGAAUAAGCCUAAGAAAUAUAGAGAACAAAUGACCCCCAGCUUUUCCAUUGUCUGGUUGGGAAAAGAACACAGACUUAAGAACAUGGUUCUCAGCUUCCAUGGUAACAAGCAGCUCAACUUUGAAACUUUCCCACCUUCACAAGAAGGUCAUCUCUCUCAGUCUCUCUGUUUUUAUUGUAUUGGCACAGUUUGCUACUGGCUUAAAGAAGCUUUAAUGAGGGAGCUCUUCAGUAUCAGGCAAUAGGGAGGAUGGGGAGUUGGGAGGACAGCAGUGUAAAAUACAUGUGAUGUCAGAUUUUUGGUUGAUAAACACAAAAGCCCUUCUGUGUCCUCGCCAUGUGUUAUGACUCUCAAUGAAUAAGUCAUAUAUCAUAUCUCCACAAACCUUUUCCCUGGUUUUGUUAUUGUUUUCACUGAAUUCUAUUGUGUACUCCUGCAUUCCAAAUCAGACACUUGAAUGACUUCUGAAAAAUCUGCUUUUAUCUGGUCAGCCUACCUUUUUUAUUGACCUGAUAACACAUAAUGUAAUUAGCACUUUGAAAGUCCUUAUACAUGUCACAUGCCUUUUCUCAGUCAACCUUACAAACAGCCCCAUAAGGUUGGUCAUUAUUAUUUCCAUAGUCCUGGUCAGAAUCUCAGGCUGAAAGAAUGGUUUGGCUAAGGCAUGAUGAGAAUUAUAUACCCCUCCAAAUACUGGUUUGCAACAUUGGUUACACUGGCUAGGGCUGCUGGGCAAUGCAGCCCAGCAUUAUCUGGAGAAUUUCAUGAUUCCGACAACUUGCCUAAGGCCAUAUACCAGGUUCAAGACAGUGGUAAGAGCUGAGCUUUCCAUAAACCUUCAGAUUCAGAGCUCAGCCUCUUAACAUGCCUUUUGAUUAUAUUUAAAAGAAAGAUGCAAAUUAUGCUUUACAUUACAGCUGAAACUGUGUUUCCAUUAUGGUUGCUUCAAUUGGUAUUACAAAACUUAAAAACAGUUAUUAAUAUUUAUGCCAAUGUUAUAUUUAAGCUGACAAAAUAAUAAAUGGUCACAACAUGUUAAAACCACUUUUGAUGUCUUUGGUUUUCUCCCUGGCUUUGGUAAAUUUUAGCAUUUUGGAUACAAAUCAAGUUAAAAGUAAUUCACAGCAGUAAGCCCUUGGUUGUGGUUUCAGGACCCCCUACAGAUAUAAAAAAAUCCACAGAUGACCAAGUACCACUAUGUACAGUGGUAUAAUAAAGUGGUGUCCAUGAUUUUUAAAAAUGGCAAAUUCAAGGUUUGCUUUUUGUAUUUAAAAAAGCAUUUGUGGGUUUAAAAAAAUUAUUUUCAAGAUGUGUAUGGUACUCUGUGGAUACAGAAUUCAUGAAUAUGGAAAGCCAACUACAAAAUGCAUUUUUCACACUUUAUCAGCAUUUUAGUGCUGUUACAAUUUUCGGAGCAGAUCAAAAGUUGGGGUUAAAUAUUUCCCUUUAUCUCAUAUUUGUCCUCAAGCAAAAAGAGAAACAUCUACUAAUUAUCCAGAUAGCUACAAAUUAGUAUACCAUUGUAUUACCUCCAGGAUUGAAAAAGCAAUAUUGCCUGAAUAUCAAUGUGGGAAAACAACAGCAAAGGAAGAGUUUCCCAUAGACAUCCUGUGAAAAGCAGGAUGUUUGGCCCAAUUAAUUUCUUUUACAGUCCUAAUCUGAUAUUCCUGCCGCUGAAAACAGUCCCACCACAUGUGGAUGAAGCUUACAAAAAGAUGGUCUCAGGUCCAAAAAAAUGUAUCUUUAUUAAUUUUGUGAGAGAUAAAUACCAAUCACACAGAGGAUUUUCCCUCUUACUAACAUGAACAGCCACAGAAUUGCCUUACUAACACAAGAUUUUGCAUUAGUCAUCAUCAUCUACGGCACUUUCAAGUAUCUUCUUCCAUUCUGAUUCAAAAUUACCUUAUCAGUGCUAUGGAAUCAUGGGAAUUGUAGUUUGGAGAUGCACCACCACUCUUUGACAGUGAAAGCUAAAAAUCUUAAGAGAGCUACAACUCCCAUGACUCCAUAACAUUGAGCCAUGAUGGUUAAAGUAGUGUCAAAUACAUAAAUUAUACAGCAUAGAUGCACCCAGUUAUCUUAUACAGCAUAUCUCAUCACACUAGAGCAUGAGUCCACUUUAAAUCUGGUUUCUGCCUCUUGCAGAAUUCUGGGAUUUGUAGUUUGGUGAGGCCCAGAACCUCUCCAGCUAAGUUGUUUAAAUCCCCCCCCCCAAAAGUGGAUUUAAAGUAGAUUUAAAGUCGAUCCAAGCUCUAGUGUGAUGAGGUCUUUAUUAAAGAAGGAAAAUGGUUUUCUUCCCUCCUAUUUUCCUGUCCUUCCCUACUUUCUAUCAGUCUCUUCAUUUCUUGAUUGAUUAUGAUAAUGCUUUCUGUCUUCCACUUUUCCUUUUUUCAUUCUUUUGCAGUUGGGAAAAAAUAAGAAGUGUUCACAGGAUCAGGAAUCAUGUGCUAGAACUGGGGUCUGAGUAAAGGAUACUCCCCCACCCCACAAAAAUCUGGCACCAUAUAUCAACUGUCUGGUUUGGCAAAAACAGUCCUGAUUUAUUUGUUUUUCAUCUAACCUUUUUAACUGCUAUUAAAAUGACACAUAUUUUCUCUGCACUUCCCACUUUAUCCCUUUGUGUAAUAAUAACAGUAAUAAUAAUAAUAACAAUAAUAAUUGACAAAUGCAGUCCAAAAGGGGUUUUUUUUAAAUGAGUAAUCAGCUCUUAAUUUGGUAACCAUAGAAUAAAAACACCCAUAGAAUGUGUCAGUAAUUGGAGUUUCCUUCGCUAAAUAAUAUUGCCAACCCAUUUAUCAGUUUUAUUUCCUCUUUCAAAGAAUUUUUGGCAAUGGUUUCAGGAGUGUUUCUCAUGCCCAGCUGCCUUCUGGGAAGGUCUAAUUAGUUAAAAACUCCUGAAUUAAAUUGGUUCUCACGUAUUAACAUUGAAACCUUUAUCUUUUGUACCAGCUAUAGCUUGUUCUUAUUUUGCUUUCUAUUUGGAAAAGCUGAUAACUGAAUAAAAUAAUAAUUGAUCAAAAGCUCUGCUGGUAUCCCACACAAUUUGCCAGCCUGCAUUAUAAAUAACACAGUGACCGAAAUGUGUUUCUUCUGCACAGCUUUGUCUGCAAAUGUACUGCCCUUCCAACACACAAACAGUGUUUUUCAAUAAAUAAUGCAACCAAGGUUUGAUGCAGGCCACCAGGGAUUGGCCCAUGGAAUGUUGCUGCCUAAAGUCAUGAAGCUCAGAAUGAGGCAGAGGGACUUAGAGAGGAGAUCUGAACCUCUUCAUGUCCGAAAAUGAUGAGAAAAAUGGUCUAAUAACUCUAAAACAACAAUAUAGUUGCCCCAUCAGGAAUUAUAUCAGAAGUGUACGACCUCUAUUGCAACUGAAAGCCUUGAGUGCCAAAAGACGUAUGCAGUCUAUUCUAUUCAUACUUUCUUGGGUCUAAGCUACACUAAACAUGAGGAGAAGUCUUCAAAACAUUCAUUGUGCUACUAAGAGUCUUCUCGUUGAAAGAUAAUUGAAUGUUGAUGGGUGGGAGAAUUUGCCCGCACCCUGAGUGGCCAUCAAGGACUAUGAUGGCUAGGAACAUAUACGUGUAUUCACUUUUUAAGAGUUGCUAGCUGGGAUGAGGAGCUUGCUGCAGUUGUUUUUUGUUUUUGUUUUGGUGUGCUAGACGAAAAUGUAUGCCUCUUAUAGCAUUUUGAUUCGGUCACAUCUAAAUAAAUGGCAUCUACAAAGUAUGUCUUUGUAAA